GGCUGACCCGGAAGCUGUGCUGUCUGGAGGCGCAUAGAGAGAACGUCCAGCCUCUUCUCUGCUUUAUGAAAGCUUCUCCAGCGAGGAAAAACACACGCAAAAAAGGAUGGCAGAGCCUCGAUUCAAUAAUCCAUAUUUCUGGCCACCACCUCCCUCUAUGCCUUCUCAACUGGAUAACCUGGUGCUUAUCGACAAGAUCAAAGAGCAGCUGAUGGCAGAAAAGAUACGACCUCCGCAUUUGCCACCCACCACUGUCCCCUCUCAGCAGACUCUGCUAGUGGCCUCGUUGCCAUCAGAUGGUGGGCAACAUUUGAUGUCCAUCCCCAAACUGCAGCAGGUGCCUGGUCUUCAGGCCCACAACUCCUCUCAGCCUGACAUCGCCCUGCAAGCUCGCCCAGCAUCCAGCACCAUUUCAGAGCUGAACAUAGAUGUCAAGUCUACAGUAAAGGCAAAGGGGUUAUGGGAAGACUGGCAUAUGCGACAAGCAGUGGAGCAAGCCAACAGAGUGAACCAUCGCUCAGGUCUUGCACUGUCAUCCCGCACAGACAGCCACAACACCUCUGAAGCGAUAACGCCCACCACCCCAACAUCCAGCAGUCAGAAUCGCUUGGGUGGAGCACCUUCUUUAAACACUAUUUCCGGCAUGGCCAGCGGCCCUGGCAUUGAGUCGGUUAAAAGUGGAGGCCUGGUGGGGAUGCUGGGACCUCAGCCUAAAGCUCCACGCGGCCGCAAGAAAAUUAAAGCAGAGAACAACACUGGCCCCCUGCUGGUGCUGCCCUACCCCCUUCUGGCCUCAGGCCCUGACCAGGCAGUUACCAUUGCCAAAGAGGGAAAAACAUACAGAUGUAAAGUGUGUCCACUCACUUUCUUCAACAAGUCGGAGAUGCAGAUUCAUUCCAAGUCCCACACGGAGGCAAAACCCCAUAAGUGCCCUCACUGUUCCAAGUCCUUCGCCAACGCCUCGUACCUAGCACAGCACUUACGCAUUCAUUUAGGCAUCAAGCCUUACCAUUGCUCCUAUUGUGAAAACUCCUUCCGGCAGUUAUCACACCUCCAACAGCAUACCAGGAUUCAUACUGGUGAUAGACCAUAUAAAUGUGCCCAUCCUGGAUGUGAAAAGGCAUUCACACAACUCUCAAACCUACAGUCUCACCAGAGACAGCAUAACAAAGACAAGCCAUACAAAUGUCCGAACUGCUAUCGGGCCUACAUGGACUCGGCCUCCUUACAGAUUCAUCUCUCUGCACAUGCCAUCAAAAACGCUAAAUCUUACUGUUGCAGCAUGUGUGGUCGUGCAUACACCUCAGAGACGUACCUUAUGAAGCACAUGUCCAAACACACCAUGGUUGAGCAUCUUGUCAGUCACCGUUCCCCACAGAGAACCGAAUCUCCAAGCAUCCCCAUACGUAUUUCACUUAUUUGAGCUUCCUCCUGCUUGUUUUUCUUCCAUUAAAAGGUAUUUUGUGCACCGUGCUGGUUUUCCGUUGAGAAAAAAGAAGACCGUGAUAAGUUGGUGCCCAGCAGCGUAGACUUCGAAGGACAUUUUGUGUCUGCCAUUGUCUUUGACCCUUUAAGCUGUUUAGUGAAACUGAGCCUACAGGCCACAGACUCAGCAACUGCUGUCUGAAUUGAAUUGUUCAUGGCAACAACAACAGACACCAGUCUAAAUAAGGAUUUGAUUGAGUAUUCCAAAAAUACUGUAGAACCUCAUUUUAAACAUUUAAAUGUUUUGUUUCAAAGGUGUGUAAGGGAGACUUCCAAAGAUAACCUUGAAGCACUUUUUCAGCCUUGUUGUAGAAUGAGUCUUUUCAGAAUGGGAGCAACUUUCUCGCCUUGGGCAGCUACAAGAGUUCUACCUUUUGUUUUAGAAAGUAAGAUGGCUGUUUGUUGGUUUCUGUCUCCACUUUGCCUCCUAACAGAAUAGUGCAUUUUAUUUUACUGUGGAUGUGACAGUUCUUCCACCUUAGCUCCUUUUAUGCUUUUGUAAGAAAAAUUAGGUCAUGGAUAAAAAAUGAAAAGCAAUAUUUGAGUUUUGAGGUGGCAUCAGAUGGAAAGGUACAUUUUCAAGCCGAACUAGGAUUUCAAACUCAAAUUUGAGGAAUUCUGAGAACCUCCCUUUAAUCUUUCAUAUUUUAAUCUUUAAAAUAUAUAGUUGUGUUAAAUGCAUCAUAGAUGUUUUACUUAAGUUUCUUUUUUGUGUGACAAGGCCUUUAUUGUGCAAUGCCAUGGGAAUCUAUAGUAUAUCUCCCUUCCAAUCACAAUGUUUAGAGGAGAAAGUGUCCUUUUUUUUGUCAUUGAUUUAUUUAAAUGGCAUCAUUCCAGCAUGACAAUGCCCAUUAAAUGGGGUUGUGUCAUGAUGUAACAGAAGAAGUGUCUCAUGGGAUCAGUGUCAUUGAAUCAUACAUGUUCAUAGUGUAACAUGUGCCCUCUAAACUCUUUUAAGUGUUGUUUACCUCUAUUCCUCCCCUAAGAUGAGCAAUGCAAAAGCACCUUGAGACAUUCUUGAGAUCAUUAACUUACACAUAUGAAUAGCUAAAAGUGUACAUGGGGUUUUUUUUAGAUUAUAACCUAGUCUAAUAUUUCAUAAUCUAAUAGCACUUGCCUAAUUUGUGCUUGAAUUUUUUUUAAUUUGUAGAGUUAGAAAUCUUAGUAUUUCUAACACCAACACAGGUCUGUUUGGAAAAAAAGGAAUAAAGUGGAGCCUAAUCUUUGAAUUUCACAAUCAGAAAACUUGUGUGAAUUUAGUCACAUUUGAAUGUAGUUCUUUUCCAACAUUGUGUUUUCUGUUUCAGUUCAUCUAAAACAAUUAUCUCUGUAAAUCCAGAAUGUUUAACGGCUGUUUUGUUUAUACUCAUUCUUACGAGCAAAAACGGCACAUAAGCUGAUAAAACAGAUUUUUUGUUUAAAUAAUGGACAGCAAUUUAAAAUGCUCUUACUGAAUCAAAGCACAUGGUCUAUUGAAUCAUAUUUGCCAAAUUUGAUCACAAACCAUCUGUGAUCAUACUUCCUGCGAUUGAUUUGUUUAUGUGAUGUCAACAGGCAACAACACUGCAGCUCUAGAACAUUAAUUUACUUUUGUGUUCAUGUAUACCAGUCAUUUGUUAAGCUUAUUUGUGUUCUAUUCAUGUAUAUGUAGGAAACUGCAUGAACUUUUUUUUUUUUUUUUUUUUUUUGUGCAUAUUUCCCAUUGUUUGUUUGCAAAGGACCAAGUUGUUGCUCUCAAAUAUUCUCAAAAUUCCCAAAAUAUAUAUGAUUUUUGAUUAUAUUCACUACCAGUCAAAAGUUUUGAAACACUUACUCAUUCUUUAUUAUUAUUAUUUUUCACAUUUUAGAAUAAGAGUAAAGUCAUUAAAACUAUGGAAUAACAUAAAUGGAACUAUGGGAAUUAUGUUGUGACUAUAAAAAUCCAAAAUAAAUCAAAACUGUGUUCUAUUUUAGCAUCUUCAAAGUAGUCACCCUUUGCCUAGAAUUUGCAGACAUGUACUCUUGACAUUUUCUCAACCAACUUCUUGAGGUAUCACUCUGGGAUGCUUUUUAAACAGUAUUGAAGGAGUUCCCAUCUAUGUUGGGCACUUACUGGCUGCUUUUCUUUAUUAUUUGGUCCAAGUCAUCAAUUUCAAAACUUUUUUUUUAUUAUUAAAUUUUAGUUUUAUAAUGAAAUAAAUUAAUAUGGUGGCACAAUUAUAUUUUUGUCUACAAAACUAAUUUCAAACAUUUAAUCAUACGCCUUCAGAUCAAAAGAUUUUUAAGAUCAUGAGAAACAUUUCAGGCAAGUGUUUCAAAACUUUUGACUGGUAGUGUAUAUGUUGGUUAUUUAUUGCAUAAUAAAUGGUUAUGGUAAUGGUUUCACUGGUCAAGCUUUUUUUUUAUUUAUUUUUUUAUUUUUUUUUUUCAUCACUAUUUUAGAUAACAGCAAUUUGAUGAGGAUCUGUUUCUUGGUGCUUUUUAAAGAGGACUAUCAAACCUCAGUUCUUGUCUGUUACUGCAACAUUGUCAGGAAUAGAUUAUUGUAUUAAAAAUAAUCCUGGCUUGUUCAGCCUCAAAUUCUCUCUAAAUCAGUAAGACGUGUACAUUUACUAUAAAAUAUACCUGUAUUCAUUAAUAGUGCAAAUUGCAAGGUUUAGAUACUUUGUUCAUUUCUGUAUCAGUAUAUUUCAACUUAUCAAUAUUUGUUUUUCUGUAAGUAGUGAGUACUGAUCAUUGUUUUUAUAGACAUCUUUGUCAAUUUAUGUGUACGCCUUAAUUUUUUAUCAUCACUGAAAGACUGGUUUCUUUCUCCUUUUCCCUCCAUGUCUAUGUUUUUUAGUAUUCAGUUCUCUUAAGCCUUUUUUUUUUUUUUU